AUGGCGACAAUCGCACCCGCAACCACCAGCACUGGCCUGAGUAACCCAAGUCCAGCCACAAGACGACGGCGAGGUCGUCCUCGGCUGGCGGACCGCCAGCUAGCAGGCUCAGCCGAAGAACCACUUGCACGUCGCCGCCUCUACACCCGCCUCUCGCAGCGUGCGUGGCGCGACCGCCAAAGACAAAAGCUCGCAUCUCAAGAGGCCAUCAUCACCGACAUCCGUGCCGCGGUCUUGCGCUUGGAGCGUCUCGCGGUGCAGAACAAGGUCGUGGAGAAAAUGCCCCGAUUCGCGACUGAGGUGUUCCGGUGCGUGUCUUUGGUCCGGAGCGUGGACACGGGCGUCGGAAGCGGAAGCGGCAUUGGAAGUGCAAACGCAAGUGGUAGUGAGAAGAGCAGUGGAACGGCGGGGUGGACUGAGGCGGGUAGUAUAGCGUCGAUGGUGCCGGAUCAGCUGGUGCAUCUUGCUAUGUAUCCGGGGGCAGAUUCUGUGCGUGCUGGUGUGGCGGAUGGCGGCAACACUGCCCGUGCCAGCCUCGACGAAGGGACAAUGCAGAGCGAGCACGGUCUGACCUACGAGGAGGUGGGACAGGACAUCGUCGAAGGUGUUGAUUUUCAGCCCCUUCUACGCCAUGGCCACGCAGCACACGCACACAGACUCACAUCAGCGGCAGGACCGAGAGAGGAGGAGGUACCGGCGCCUAUGAAGCUGUCCAGCUCCACUGUUUUACGAGUGUGUAUAUCCCUUAUAAAGACCCAUUCUGCACUUCCACCCCCCGCCAUUCUUCCAUCAUUUUACCACUCUCAUCCACGCAACCCUCUUGAUCACAAGCUAAACUCUCCCCCCUGUCAUCAGUCACCACACCAGCAAACGCCAUCCACCUCUUCCGGCGGCGGAGUGUCCUUCCCUCUCACCACGACGAUCACCCCGCUGUGGACCUACAGCAUCCACGAGACCAGCUUCUCGCGACGUCUGCAUCGCUCGUGCAUCGAACACUGCUACCGGCUGCUGUCGUCGCACAGCACACGCCGCGCCGAGCUGCUGCGCACGCUGAAGUUUCCGCUCGCCGCCCACCUCAGCAUCGACGAACUGCGCCGUCGUGCCCGGGAGCUCCUCCUCCGCGGCACGGACCAGAGCCUGCAUUACCAAGAAGCGCUGCACGACAAUGCCGGCAUAUCGUGGGCAAUGCGGCGGAUCGUGAGCAGCUCCCGUCGGCCGCUGAGGUCGCUGCUGGUCUCGAGACCCCCGCUGGAUGACGGGGACUUAGGUGGAGGUGUCCUGCUCGAGGGCGACGAUGCUCCCUCCACGACCGUGUCCGAGAUCCAUGUCUCGGGCUAUGAAGGCACGUGGCUCGGCCCCGACGCCGUGGCCAUGUACCUCCAGAGCCUGGGCAUGCCGAUCCAGGACAAACCCUCCAGCAUGACGGUGCCGUGGCUGGUUUCGAGCGAUGCUCUGGAGAACAUGGUGCUGCGUGGCUUCAUGAAGAAGACGCCGCCGCCUACUAUACCAGAGCUGCAACAACCGACGCAACCUCGGUUCCGUCGCCCCCACAUGGUCGUCGUCAACAUGGACCUCGACCUCAUGGUGGACACCUUGACGCAGCGAGCGGUCUGUGUCGACACGCCGGUGUUUCGCAAGGACGACGUAGAUUCCAUCGUGGUCGACGCCCUCGGUUCCUGGUACUGGUCUGCAUAUGGUGGUGAGGAGGGUCCAGAGUGA